UGAUUAUGAAGGAAAAACACAUUUUUUUAAAAAAUCGUAGGUUUACGCUAUUUAUUCAUAGGUGGCGACAAAUCCUCUAUGUACUCGAGCCCAGGAUGUCCGUUCCGCCGUGUCGCGUGCCCCUUCAAGAAUAUGCUUUUUCUUCCGAUUCGGGAUCACUCAUUUCAUUAUGUACCAACAUACUCUGCGGGUAGUAAAUGCAUUUGUGGCCGCAUAGAUAACUUUGCAAGACCUUCCACAAUUCGGCUUGAUUUUGUUGAUGACGAAUCGCUACACCACAUCUUAGCUUUCAUUCACUUCUGGCCAGAUGUUUCUCCUUAUGUUUAUCAUGUUCGAUUCCACUUUGUUUGCGCUCCUUCUUCUACCUCUCCUUCGCUACCUUUUUGACUCGUGCUAAGCCUGUGCGCAAUGUGUUUCUCCUUAUGCAGCAGUAAUUAUACGUGCGCGCUAUAAAAGUGUGGUACAUAGAUACAUAAGCGACGAAUUUUAACGGACUUUUCCCCCUUGUCAAUAUAACAACACGAAAAAAGGACGGUUGAUGUUUGCGCGCAAAUGUGUCGAGGGGGAACCGAUUUCUGUGUGUCGAACCAUUGCGCAGAUGCAGCUAGGUGGUCGUCGAGUUCAAGUCGUUACGGGAAGAACAAGGAUUGUGGAUGUUACUGAUAGUUUUGAUCUAUGUUCUGUUUGUGUCAAUGAUCUUAUUAGUGAACUAGUUGAAGUAGUGAGCAAAAAUGUCCAGACAUAAUUAUACGAAUCCGGCAUUUUGUCAUCAAAGUGAGUUGCCGGCUGGAAAAAUAGUGCAGAAUGGUUCCAGAAGUGCGUACAAUUCACCGGCGAAGAUUCAAAGAACACAGCUAACUCGGUCCUACAACCGCAUUAGUUCUACACUGGUUCGACAGAAUAGUUUUGCUUGUCAUGGGGCAGAUAGAUCGGAUAAGACGAUUUUGCCACCGAGACCUGGCCCGAAACCCAUUGCAGGACCUAAAUCAGCCGACCAGUAUGCGUCAAAUGUGUCUAUUUCCGGUUCCCGUUACGGAUCAGUGGCUUCGGCGUUGGAUACAUCGGUAGGUGGAGGCCAAAAGACGAGUGGGCGUUACGCGCUUGUUCCGGUGGAAGAAAUUCCUACAACUGAAAAAGGAAGAUAUGCUAUUGUGCCAGGCAAUAUAAGUGCAGCUACUAACAGAGUCAUUAGAAGCCAGGAUAAUUUGGACCGCUGCUCAAGCAUCGCAGAGUUGAGCGCUGAACCGGCCAAUUUGUCGGAUCAAUUUUGUAGCUUACCUCCGCUAUCGUCACCGCCUUUGCAAACAGUUCCGCAGAACCGAUUGAAGAACGCAUUUUCAUCAGAUUUUGGAAGUAAAUCAUUCAUUUUGUACGAUCAAAAAAGUAACCAAAGAUACGAGGUUGUCCCCACUGAAGACGAUGAAGAGUUGGUUGAUCCAAACCACGAAAUCAUUCAGAUGCACAAUGGAAGAGCUCAUCGGUAUGCAGUAAUUCCAGCGGAAGACGAAGAAUCAUGUCUAAACGAGGAUACAGACGAGGAACCACGAAGGCUACCGCCACCACCACCAAAGGAUUAUCUCACCAAAUCACAACUUAAUCUAACCCCACAAAAGUCGUAUACUGCUUCACCCAAAAGAAAUCCGUUGGCAACGCAAAUGUUGCACGAGCUGCUAAGUACACCCAAACGACAAGAUUCAACACCAAAGAAUUCACCCCACAGAUUGGAAGCAAGUUCGAAAAUUGUUUCCAGUACACCAAAACGCAACGAAUUUAGACCCCAAAAGUUACAAUACGAGCAUCAAAUACAACAACAGUCACCACAGGCAACUUAUGCCCCAGAACCGGUGGCACGCGCUCAGCUGGCUCAAACGCAAGCUCAGCUUUUGUACAAUGGGAAUGGAACAAUUGCGGACAACAACUUCGUAAGGACGACAGCUGUUAUAAUGCCUCGGCUGAAUGGCGUUAAUGGUACCGGCGGCAUUUAUGGAGAGACUACGACAGCCUCGUCGGAAAUGAACAAGUCGUGGCAGAAUGCAAGUUUCCACAAAAUUACUCACGCUUCGGCCACCAUCGGAGCGGUCUCGCUGAUGCUGAUCCUUUGCGGUUUCAUGAACUCGGGGUUGAGCUUGUACUUUACGUCCAAGAUUGGCCGAGAGUACUACCUGGAUUUGGCAAUUUUCGCGGGAUUCGCCGCGAUCGCGCUCGGCAUUUUGGGCUUCAAAUCUCGACGCUGCGAGUGGCUGCCGAAUCGCAACUACAUCUCCGGAUACAUCUUAGUGACAGUGUUUUCGCUGCUGAAUUGCUGCGCGCAGCUCGUGCUGAUGACGCUGCAUCCGUUUCCGGGAACGCCCCUGCACGACGUGACGACCGGAAUCAUACUCGGGCUAUCGUCCCUGACGCUGCUACUGAUAAGUUUGGGUAUCAUCACGUCCCGGUGGUGCCGUGCACCGCCGCCCGACAACCGCGUAAAUGUGCGAUGAAAAAAAAGCUGGGUGUUUCUUUUGAGAUCAAACGGUAUAGAAUUUAUGUGUUUUACGUUAAAAUAUAAGUAAAAGCUAGGUAAGCUGAGUAGUCAUAAGUCUUACGAUAAUUUUUUUAAUUUAUUUGGUGUAACAAUAAAAUAUAUUCACACUUCA